UCUCUCUUUCUUCCCACGGCGGUCACAUGUCAAGUGCCCGUGCUUGCCGGCCCGAUUGGGGCAGCAUAUAGUAAUACUGACAAGUAGCAAAUUUCGGCCGUCUCACAUGACACCGCCUUUCGCCGGUUACAUACACUAAACACUAAAUCCCACAUAAUCCCUCCCUUCCUCCUUUUUUAUAUAUCCGAAUGAAUGAAUCCAUUCAACCACUAGAUACACAAUUUAACAUCCGAAUCCUCCCAUCUCUUUCUUUUUAAGCAUAAACUCUCUCUCUCCAUCGCUUAACUUAAUUUUUUUUUUGUGUCCUGCUCCGGCGCUUUCAUAUCUGCAGAAGUCGAUCAGUGCAUAUCCUCGUCUGCGUUUUAUUCUUUUAGGGGUUCCUGAGCCUACAUCAUGUCUGAGAAAGCUCUUAAAGAUCUCAAUAUGUUGCCUGAAUCUGGAAGGAAGAACAAAAAUACCAGUAAUGGGAGCCUCAAGCCUGAGAUCGAGCAAACUGGUGAAAAUCUUGAAGACAGUCAAAAAAAAGUUUCUUCACCAGGGGUUGAGAAUCCUAUGAAUGUCAAUGGAGUAGGGAAUUCUGUGCCGGAGGUGGGAAACUCUGAAGUGGAAUACAUUGAAUCAGAGAAUCUGAAAGAUGUAGAAGAUCUGGAAAUGAGUUUGAAGACACUCUUAGCCGGACUAGACUCCAAGGAUUGGGUUUUGGUGUGUGAGGCACUAAAUGAUGUAAGAAGGUUGUCUAUAUUUCACAAGGAAAUGAUGCUUGACAUUUUGGGAAAGGUGGUUACCCUAAUUGUGAAGUCCUUGAAGAAUCCAAGAAGUGCUGUUUGUAAAACUGCAAUUAUGACAUCUUCCGACAUUUUCAAAGCAUAUGGUGACAACAUAAUUGAUUCAUUGGAUCCAAUGCUCGUACAACUUCUUCUCAAAGCUUCACAAGACAAAAGAUUUGUAUGUGAGGCAGCUGAGAGAGCUUUAGUCUCCAUGACUACCUGGGUUUCUCCUGUUUCAUUGUUGCCCAAAUUGCAACCUUAUCUUAAGAAUAGGAAUCCAAGAAUUCGAGCAAAGGCGGCUAUGUGCUUUUCUCGUAGUGUACCAAGACUGGAUAUAGAGGGGAUUAAAGCAUAUGGAAUUGACAAACUAAUAGAAGUAGCAGCAUCCCAGCUAAGUGACCAGCUCCCGGAGUCCAGGGAGGCUGCUCGAGGUCUACUGGUGGAGCUACAGACCAUGUACGAGAAAUCUCAUAUCUUGAGUGCAAAUGGAGUGUCUGACGAUCGGGAGGUGACUUCCUGGGAGAAUUUCUGUCAGACAAAACUUUCACCUUUAAGUGCUCAGGCUGUCCUUCGUGUGACCAAUAUUGUCCGAGAGGGUCUUGUACUUGGUUCCUAGCAUUGCAAUGCAGUACGUAUUAUAGUUUCAUUGAGUGCUAUAUUUGGGCACUUCCCCAUGCUUUCUUUUUUGUUCCUUAUCCAACACUUGUAUAUACCUGAAAGUUUGAGAUGCUUGGUAAGACAGUCCAUGUCAUAGUUGAGCUAUAGAUCCUACAACGAUUGAUACAAUUGGUUUACCAUGUAUUGCUGGUUACAGAAACCAUUUAUGGUUGCUCAAAGCUACGGUCUGCUAGCAAUUGAUCUAUUUUUGUCUUUCCAAUCAUAUGUAACUUGAUCAGUUAGCGUUACAUUUCCUGGUGUAUAAAUCCCUUAUCUGAUGGUAUUCUGCCU